AUGUGGUGCAAAAGGGUGAACAUUUGCGGGCUGGUGGCGUUGGUGGUGGCGUUGACGAUGCCGAUCCUAGCCGACGGUGCAAGGAUACUGGCCAUCUUUCCAUCGCCCGCCCGAAGCCACCAGAUAGUGUAUCAGGCGUAUGUGCGCGGGUUGAUCGACCGUGGCCACCAGCUGACGGUGAUGACGACCGAUCCGUUCGCGACGGACCACCCGAACGUGACCGUGAUCGACUGGAGCUACUCGUACCGGAUCGUGAACGAGAACUUCGACGUGGUCGAUAUGAAGCAGCGCAAUAUGAACUUCUACCAGAUCGCGACGCGGCUGCGCACGCUGACGAAGCUGUUCCUGGAGGCGCAGCUGGCGCAUCCGGACGUGCAGGCGCUGAUCCACAGCCGGGACGAGCACUUCGACGUGGUGAUCGUGGAGUACUACCAGUUCACGCCGAUGUACGCGUUCGCCGAGCUGUUCAACGCACCCAUGAUCGGCAUCACCUCGAUCGACUCAAUGGGCACGUGCCACGAGGCGAUGGGCAAUGUGAUGAACGUGGUCGCCCACCCCGAGAUGAACCAUAAGUUUACGCGCGAUCUCACCUUCCUGCAGCGGGUGGAGGCGGUCGUGUCGAACCUGGUGAUCAAGUACCACAUCAUGCCGACCGACUUCGUCACCUUCGAUCGGAUGAUCGAGCAGAACUUUGGCAGCAAUAUGUCGCGCUCGGCGGACCUCAUACGGCGCGUCGACUUCCUGCUGGUGAACGCCGAACCGAGCAUCGGCUACGUUCGUCCCAUGCUGCCCAAUUCGGUGCAGAUCGGGUUCAUGCACAUCCACCCACCGAAGUCGCUGCCGGCCGACCUAAAGGCGUACCUGGACCGCUCCGAGCACGGCGUGGUGUACUUCAGCCUCGGGACGCUCAUCCGCAGCGAUUCGCUGAACCAGCGGAACCUCAACCUGUUCCUCGAGGUGUUCAAGUCGCUCAAGUACGACGUCCUCUGGAAGCACGACGCGGACCUCGACCUGAACGGCACCACCAACAUCCGGAUGGAGCGCUGGCUGCCCCAGCAGGACCUACUCGCGCACCCGAACGUCAAAGUGUUCGUAAUGCAGGGCGGCCAGCAGUCCAUGGAGGAAGCCAUCGACCGGCACGUUCCGCUGGUGGUCAUCCCGUUCAACUUCGACCAGUUCGGCAACGCGGACAAGGUGGUGGAACGGGGCAUCGGUCGCUCGGUGUGGAUGGAGCGCCUGACCGAGGAGUCGCUGCGCGAAGCGAUCUUGGAAGUCGCCCGCAACAAGAGGUACAAGCGCAACAUCGCCCGUUUGGGACGACUCGUUCGAGACCAGCCGAUGCGACCGGUGGAGAAGGCGGUCUGGUGGACGGAGUACGUGAUCCGCCAUGGGGGCGUCGACCACUUCCACUAUCCGGCAGCCCGAAUGCCCUUCCUGCAGUACCACUACUACGACGUGGCCGGUGCUGGGCUGCUCCUGCUAGCCGUCCUUCUCGGUGCCCUGUACUUCGUCCUGAAGCGCAUCGUACGGUUUCUCCUACAAAAAAAAAUAAAUAAACAAACGAAUGCAACCACUAUCGUGAACGAUUAA